CGGUCACUAACACAAUUUAAAACGACAUCGAAUUCGUAAAUCCCCAGCAAAAAAAGCUCAAAUCAACACGCCCUCCCUCCUAUCGUGGCACCAUGGACAGCAAGAGGAGGAAAACGUUGUCGUCCUCUCGAAGAAGUAGAAAAUCCUACGACUCUGAGUCCGGCUCGGAGUCCUUCUCUGAUGACUCACGCGACUCAUCACGGAGGAGGAGCUCCGGCAAGCGUCGGGAACGUAGUCGUAGCCGCAGUCAAGGAAGAACUAAUCGCCGGCACCGGACUUCGGAUGAUUCCAGCGACAGUGGUCGCGACCGGAAGAGGAAGAAUAGCUCUUCGCGGAAGAUUACUGAAGAAGAAAUUGCAGAAUAUCUGGCCAAAAAAGCUCAGAGAAAGGCUAUGAAAGCAGCAAAGAAAUUGAAGGCGCAGUCCGUGUCUGGUUAUUCUAAUGAUUCUAAUCCGUUUGGUGAUUCUAAUCUCAACGAAAAAUUUGUGUGGCGGAAGAAAAUCGAACGCGAUGUUUCCCAAGGUGUGCCACUUGACAUGUUUUCAGUUAAAGCUGAGAAAAAGAAACAGAGAGAAAGGAUGGCGGAGAUUGAAAAGGUGAAAAAGAGAAGAGAGGAAAGGGCACUUGAAAAAGCACAGCAUGAGGAAGAAAUGGCAAUCUUAGCCAGAGAACGUGCCAGGGCUGAAUUCCAAGACUGGGAGAAAAAAGAAGAGGAGUUUCAUUUUGAUCAAAGCAAAGUCAGGUCAGAGAUUAGAUUGCGUGAAGGGAGAGUGAAACCAAUUGAUGUCCUUUCCAAACACCUCAAUGUCUCAGAUGAUUUGGAUAUAGAAAUAGAUGAACCAUAUAUGGUUUUCAAGGGUUUGACUGUCAAAGAGAUGGAAGAGCUUCACGAUGACAUCAAAAUGCAUUUGGAUAUGGAUAGAAAAACUCAGACACAUAUUGAUUAUUGGGAGGCUCUUUUGGUGGUUUGUAAUUGGGAGCUGGCUGAAGCUCGGAAAAAGGAUGCACUGGAUCGGGCUAGGGUCCGUGGGGAGCAACCACCUUCCGAAUUUCUUGCAGAAGAAAGAGGUCUGCAUUCCAGUAUUGAAGCAGAUGUCAGGAAUCUCUUGGAAGGGAAGACUUCAAAUGAGCUUGAAGCAUUAAGGUCCCAAAUUGAGUCACAAAUGAGCUCAGGCACAGCGAAAGUGGUUGAGUAUUGGGAGGCUGUUCUUAAACGACUUCAGAUAUACAAGGCAAAGGCUUGUUUGAAGGAAAUUCAUGCUAAGAUGUUACGCAAGCAUUUGCAACGCCUUGAGCCUCCGUUGAAGGGUGAUGAUAUGUUAGAAAAUGAUAACAGUUUAAGGUUUAGUGAGGAGGAUAUCGAGGAUGAGGAUACCCAAGAUGCUGAAACUCUCUCUCCAGAACUUGUAUUGGAGGAGGAGACUCACGAGGCAGAGGAGGCUGGAUCAUUUUCACCUGAAUUAUUGCAUGGUGAUGAAAAUGAAGAAGCAAUUGAUCCUGAAGAGGAUAGGGCUAUCCUGGAAAGGAAACGAGCGGCUGUUGUAGAGGAACAACAAAGACGAAUUCAAGAAGCUAUGGCAUCAAAGCCCCCUCCUUCAGAAGAUAACUUGGAGCUGAAGGCCAUGAAAGCUAUGGGAGCCAUGGAGGAAGGUGAUGCAGUAUUUGGCUCUGGUGCUGAAGUGAAUCUAGAUUCACAGGUAUAUUGGUGGCAUGACAAGUACCGACCAAGAAAGCCCAAGUAUUUCAAUCGUGUUCACACUGGAUAUGAGUGGAACAAAUACAACCAGACUCACUAUGAUCAUGACAACCCUCCUCCUAAGAUUGUGCAAGGAUACAAAUUCAAUAUCUUUUACCCAGACCUUGUUGACAAGAUAAAGGCUCCAACUUAUUCCAUCGAGAAUGACGGGGACAAUUCUGAGACUUGCAUCAUCAGGUUCCAUGCAGGGCCACCUUAUGAAGAUAUAGCAUUCAAGAUCGUAAAUAAAGAAUGGGAAUAUUCUCAUAAGAAGGGGUUCAAGUGCACAUUUGAACGUGGAAUUUUGCAUGUUUACUUCAACUUCAAACGCUACCGCUACCGUCGAUGAUGUGUUGCUAAUGUUGCUAUUUGGUCGCUUGCUUCAACUUCAGCAGCCACCGCUACCAUCGAUGAUAUGUAUUUGAAAGAGCUGGUUGUAGUUUUUAAUCUUUUUUAUUUUUGUAUAGUUAAUUCAAAUGAAAUAGCUAAAUUUUAUAUUUUGGUUAUCUUCACCGAGGACAAGAUCCAGCUUCCUCCCAUGCCAUGCCUUUCAAAACCUUGUCCUUCUCUGCUCUCCCAACUUUCGCUCGGUAUUUGAUCAAGGGGCUGCUCAUCAUAAUCAUGACUGCCAAGGUGGAGAUCAAGAUGGACAAUUCAUGAAUUUGCUAGUGAGACUUGAUUCACGGUAAUUGAUUGUUGUCCUAUAAUUUUGACCCUUUUGUUUUUAGCAUUGAUAUUUUAAUCUUAACCUUGGCUCACUAUCG